UUCCUUUCGAAAAACGAAGUGAUAUAUAAGCCACCUGCGCUGCCUGCUCUUGCAAGAAUGGACGGCGUGCAUAGAAACAAACCUAACAUUUUGCUUUGAAACGUACAAAAAUUCCUUCGGUUUAGACUCCAACACAAUUGUCAGUGGCGUUGAGAAGUUGGCUCUUUUUUUUAACAGGCAGUUUAAAUGAGCAGACACAAGACUGACCCCGAGUCAAGACACUUCAUCCAUCAGCGAUACCAAGACACGGCGGUGGUGGUCUUCAAGGAGCAACACAGGGCGCUGCGCCAGGCCCUCUCCCCCUCCUCACCGACACCCAAGGCUGCCUGGCAGGGCGACGCCCUGGCUGACGACGGGGGCGCUUCUUCGUCGUCGACGACCUUCAGCUACAGCCGCUAUGGUAACCAGGCUGUCAUCGUGCAUCAGGACGGGACCUUGGUCGCCAAGCGAGACAUGGGUGCUGUGCAGUCUGCCGUAUGCGUCGUCAUGUGAGGGCGCCCUUGCACAGGAUGAGGCAAUUAUGCAAGGACGCUUUUGACCCUGAGACGUCAUGCGUUCUGGAUGUUUAGCUUGCUUUUAGUUUAUUUGCAUCACAGUGCGCAUUCCUGCCUGUUUUCUGUUCUCAAAGAUCAGACUUUUGCGGCAAGCCAUUUUUGUUGGUGCCAGUUUGUACAAUGUUGUUAAACGUUCGACCGCUAACAGCUGUCAUCACUGUUGAUGUCCUAGAGGUGCGUAUUAUAUUGUGCUGCAUGAAUUUGUAACUUUACAUAUAUGUACGUACAUGUACAUGUAUGUAGUUUCAGAGUAAAAUCUUGAGUGUUUUAGGUUUUUAGUUCCUGGGUUGUUUGCCAUUCGGUCACAGUGUGUUUUUAUAAAGGUAAAGAUCUCAUUAUUAAAAAAAAAAUUUAUUGAAGCUUCCCUUGGUUGCUGUUAUAGUCUUUAUGUGAUAUUGCAUUGUGUAUUGCAAAGAAACGUGCAAAAGAAAAGCCCAAAUUGAAGUUUUCACAAUUCAUGUUUGUUGGGAUGUAUUUAGCUAAGCUCCUAUGUCUAAAGGUAUUCAUAUGAAAUUAUUACAGGUUUGUUUGUACUUAGAUUGGACAGUGUAAUAUGUUUUUUUUUACGAAUUUGAGAUGUUAAUUUGUAUAUGUGCAAUAAUCUUUUAAGAAGACUUUGUUUCAUACAUGACAUGCAUGUACUUGUUGUUUGUGAUCAUGUUCUUUAUUAACACAUCUGAACAAUUUUUGAAAAUUGUGUUGUAUUGACAAUGGCAGUUACAUAUACCCUGAUACCCUUGCACUUGAGACAAGACUUUAUACCGGCUUGCAUCAAGGUCUUGAAACAUGAAUGGCCGCAGUGCAAGGCAGAAUUACUGCCCAGACUAGAGAACGCAAAAUGCACCGGUUUGUCAUGCUCACUCGGUCUGAUCGAACAUAGGGACCAUGCCCUCCCUAAGGACACUGUAAUUGGUCAUGUCCGAUUCGUCCCAGUCACAAACCGACCCAAAGCUGUGUUUAUCGAGGGCCAGUGCAUUGACGGUGCAAAGAGAGGCCGAGGCCUCGGAAAGAUCAUUCGGGACCGAACAGAGGAGUUCCUAGGGAAGUUAGGCUACCACGAAGUUCACUUGCACACAGAUGCAAGUCAUAAAGGAUUCUACCUCAGGCAGGGAUACAGGGUCCAUAAAUUUCUGGUGCACACGGGAGGCGCAAACCUGCUGAGGACUUUUGGUGAUGUUGCCAGUUGGCAUGGCAACACCGCAUCCCGUGGUUGGGAGGAAGAGUAUGAGGGUCCCAUAGCAACAGAGGAGGAGGUUACCGAUGGGGUCUUGGGGUUCUUCUUUGUGAAAUCUCUCGUUGAGGUCUCCACCCAAGAUUAAGCAAUAGAACAAGAAAGAAACUGCAUUAGGCAAGUUUCGAACUUUUGAAUACAUAUUUUUCAUGUCGCAAUUCCCCUUUUUUAUGGGCCUUGUUCGUGAGAUGGCCACUUUAUACAUUGUGUUUCCCAAGUCUGUUUAAUUAAUUGUCGAUAUUUUAUUGAGAAGGUGCCAGCCCUUUAAUUGCAGUGCUUGACUUAACUUUAAAACCUUUUUACAUUCCGAUUAAAAAGAUGAGAGUACUGUUUUGUCGAUAUUAAAAACUAUGCAUUGAGCAGUCUCAGUCAGGCUAAUCUA